CUACCAUCAUCUCAUCAGAUUCUCUUCUUCGGAUAUGCAGCCAAGACGCUCUGCAAGGGUAGCGGUGCCUUCCAAACGGAAGAGCCUUGCUGAACCCAAAAAACGGUGACUGGCAAUUCGAUGACGAGGACGAUGAGGUUGAUAACGAUCUCAAACGUGGAGGGCGCGGCAAAGCGAAACGAACGCGAACAAUUUCGAAUACGGCGGCGACAAAGCAAAGGAAGGCAAGGAAGGCUACAGGGACCAAAAGGAAGAGGACUAAGGAGAAACGUGAUCUGAGUCUGUUACCGACGAUGCCGAUAUUCUCUUCACGAUAUGCACCAUGCUUUCUCCCCAAGACCUUAUCAAUCUAUCACGAGUCGAUGCAAAUUUUCGUCGUACUCUGACUGCGAAUAAUGUAUCAUUCGUUUGGAGGGCGGUGAGGGGAGGUGAGGAGGGAAUCAAGUCACCUCGUGGAAUUCCUGAGUACCGAUGGGUCGACCUACUAUUUGGGACGUCGACCGCGACACGCUGCUAUCGUGCUAUCAUCACCAAUGCAGAUGUUUGGCGGCAUCUGUGUGCAUACGGAUUGCAUUUUAUUGGCCAAUUGCCGAGUGUCGAUGAUCUGUAUGAGAAACUUGGGAACGCGAAGCUCUCCCUUGAUACGGCACGAUCAUCCGUAGCUGCUUCUUUAGUACGACUUGCUUCUCGUGAUCCCGCUACGACGACUGCGGAGGGACAUGGAUAA